AUUCUAUUUGAGCCCGCCCUCUUAUUGAUACUGACCAAUCAGCAGACAGCAUUAGGGGCGGGAACUAGGUUGUUUCUGUUCUUGUAGCUCGUGCCUGUUGUGGGAGAUUAUAUAUGGUGGAAGCGGCUCGGUCAGCAGAGUCGUGAUGAAGCAGCUUCCUGCAGACACGGUGCGGCUGCUGUCCAGCUCGCAGGUCGUCACGUCUGUGGUGAGCGUGGUGAAGGAGCUGAUGGAGAACUCCCUGGACGCUGGCGCCUCCAGCGUCGACGUGAAGCUGGAGAACUUCGGCCUGGACCGGACGGAAGUUCGAGACAACGGCUGUGGGAUCAAAGCGGCGGACGCUCCGGUGAUGGCCGUCCGACAUUUCACCUCCAAGAUCAGCAGCCAUGAAGACCUGGAGUGCCUGGAAACGUACGGCUUCAGGGGCGAGGCGCUGGGCUCCAUCUGCGCCGUGGCCGAGGUCACCGUUACCACUAAAACAGAGGAGGAGGACGUCAGCACGCAGUACACCCUGGACUCCAGCGGGGGCAUCGUCUCUCAGAGGCCGUCCCACCUGGGUGGAGGAACGUCGGUGAGCGUGGCGAAGCUGUUCGGGAAGCUGCCGGUGCGACGGCAGUUCUUCUCCUCUGUCAGGAAGCGUAAGGAGGAAGUGAGGAAGGUCCAGGACCUGCUGAUGGCCUUCGCCAUCAUAAAGCCAGAGCUGCGGCUCACUCUGGCGCACAACAAGGUGGUGGUUUGGCAGAAGGCCAGAGCGGCGGACCACAGGAGCGCCCUGGUUGCUACGCUAGGAGCUAGUACUGUCGCUAACCUGCUGCCCGUCCACCAAGAACAACCAGAGAUGGGUCUGGAUGGUUUUCUUCCCAAACCCGGAGCUGAUUUGUCCUUAACGAGCUCCUCUACCUCUGAUAAAACCUUCAUAUUUAUUAAUAAGCGUUCUGUCCAGCAGAAGGACAUCCUGAAGCUGUUGCGUCAGCACCACUCAGCUCAGUAUCCUGACGAUGCGGCUCGGCAUCGGUUCCCCGUCCUCUUACUGAACAUCACAGUUUGUCCUUCAUCGCUGGAUGUAAAUGUGACGCCUGAUAAAACCCAGGUUCUGCUUCAUAACAAGGAGGCGGUUCUGGCUGCCGUCGAGGCUCUGCUGGUUUCUCUUUACGGUUUUCGUCCUGAAAAGCAGCCGGACCCUGAAACUCUUCCUCCUGCUGCUGGUUGUGUGGAGACGGAUCAGAAUACAGAGAGCAGGAAGGUGAGCGAUGACGAUGCUGGCCAAUCAGCUGCCCUGCAGCGCCAGGCCUCCAGCUGCAGCUCCUCUUCCUCCAUGGCGGACGACUGGAUCGUCAACCAAUCCGGUUUCUCCCUCUGCGACGACGAGGCGACCCGGAGUCGACCCCAGAGCGCCGAGCCCGGCCCAGAGGAGCCGCGGCACCCGCAGGUGUCCGCCGAGGCCUGGAGCCGCGGCACGGCGCUGACCGACCCGGCAUCGGGAGAACCGCUGCGGCCCGUUGCCAUCCACCGGCCCGACCCAGAGGUCAAGAGGUCAGGCAAUGCCAUAACGGAGAAACGGGCCGCGCUGACGGCGUACGACAUGAUCAGGAGCCGCGCCCUGAAGGCGCCGCCGUCCGCCGCCUCGCUGUUCGAGAAGGAGACGCGGUCCGAGGUUCUGAUGGAGCGACCGGCCGCCAGCCUGCAGGAGGUCAGCGCCGCCGUCCAGAACCGCUGGGAAAACCUGGGAGACGAAGGCAGGAAGAGGUUUGAGGAAAAGGCGAGGAAGAGUCAGGACCUCCAUGACCAGAGGACCAGGCUGGCGGCCGCUGCGGCCCCGAGGGCCCCUGCCGAUCGGCCCCUGGGGGCCCCUAAGCUUCAGGCUCAGAAGCGUAAAGCUCCUCUGUCCAACCAGCAGCUGCUGGACGAGCUUUUCUCCGCCCAGCCCCCGACGAAGAAGAAGGCUCCGCCCCUGAAGCCGUGGCGGCCGCUGCCCUGCAGCAUGGCGGUGCUGCGCCAGCGGCUGCUGCGCCUUUCAGCCCAGAGCGGCGCAGCGGGGCCCCGGGGCCUCCGCCCGGUGGGCCGGCUGGCCUCUCAGAACGCCUGGCUGAUUUUGUGCGGCGGGCGGCGUUUGAUGCUGCUCAACCCGUUCCGGGCGGAGGAAGCCUUGCUGUUCCAGCGGCUCCAGCAGGAUCACAUCCUUCCUGCCGCCCGCCUGCAGAACCCGCUGCUGCUCACUGACAGGAACCUGGGCGCCGCGGAGUUCGAGACGCUGUGCAGUUUGGAGAAAGGCGCGGCGGAGCCAGACGGCAGCGUCUUCUUCUCCGACCCCCGACUCGUCGCCAACGGCUUCAGAAUCAAACUCAGUCCAGCAGAGCGCCAUCUGGAAGCGACGGCCGUGGCGGACUGCGUGCCUUUCCUGGGCCUGGAGGACCUGAAGGAGGUUCUGACCGCCGUCCUCCAGAGGAAGGCCGCCACAGUGCCGCAGAGCCGGCCGCUUAAAGUCACCAACUACCUGAAGGCCGAGGCGGUCCGGCUCGCCCGCCAGCUGCCUUCAGAUUUAUGUGGUGAAGAGGUGGAGGAGCUGCUGGAGCGGACGGAGCGGCGGCUGGGCGGAGCCGACCGGACCUGCAUCCACGGGCGGCUCUUCCUGCACCACCUGGCCGACGUCCCGUCCACACAGCAGGAGGCCCGGGCUGGACUCACACCGCUGAGCAACACACACACCUCCGGUUCGCUGGCGGUCGUCUAACGAAGCCAAACUCUGGAGACGAAGUGGCUCAACGGUGAGCGGAGUCCAAACGGACCAGCUGGUCUGUUCUCAGAACCACUCUGGUUUUAACCAGAGGGAUUAAUAACAAACAUUUUCCACUGAAAAAAAUCAUUUUGUUGUUAAAUUAUGGAAUAAACAGACAUAUGAGCUCAACAACAAUUAUUUAUUUGGUUUAAUCUGGAUACACAUUUGGUAGCUAAGUCAAGUUUACAGAAUAUUUCAACAAUAAAGCAGUUCAGAGUUUUUUACAUGAUAUAAAUAUAACAAUGAACAAAAAAUAUUAUAUUGCAGGCAGAAUAAGGAAAAGUUGAAAUGCAGAAUAAAAGUAAUGAUGUUCCAGUUAUUAGAAAUCAAAUCGACUCUAAGCAGCUGGGUUUUAUUCUAGAUUUAAAGGACCUCAGUGUUUCGGCAGUUUUGCAGUUUUCUGGAAGUUUGUUCCAGAUGUGUGGUGCAUAGAAGCUGAAGCUGCUUCUCUAUGUUUGCUUCUGGUUUUUCCUGGUUUGGUUGUUUUUCAUUCAGUGAAGUUUCUCACAUAUAAAAUCCACAAAUUUAACUGGAGUAAGAGUAGCGACGCUUCAUGAUGAAAUUAACUUGCUAAAAAUAUUCCUAAAAGUAAAUUUUUUCUUUAAGUAACUGAAGUGAAGGCAACUAGUUGCUACAUAAGCCAGUAGAAAGUUUGGACUCCCUGCUGUGAUCUAAUGUUACUUUGCUUCUCUUCAGUCUGGUUUGUUUAUCUCACAUGUUUGGUUUUGGUCGGACUGAGGGUGUACUUAGUUCCUGGUGAGGAUAGUUUGACUCGUCUUUACGUUUGGAGCUGUAAUCUGUAAACCAAUCUGCAGGACGAGGAUUGACAGGCGGUUCGGUGAAUCCCUCCUGGACAAUCGGGAAGCAAUGAAAAGCAAUAAAAUCAACCAGUCGGGGCCCGAGGGCCAGAUGGCCAGAUGGCCAGCUGCUGAGCGCUGCCUGUCUUCACCUCGCCUGUAAUUUAUCCUUUCCGUCUGCGCUGCGCUUGCUUUUCCACUUACGGAUGAGGAAUCGCCACGCUGACCCCACAGCUGACAGCCACAUCUGGGAGCCGUGAUGUGAUUGAUGGCCGGUCACUGGGAGCUCCUGGACCGGGCCGAGCCGCCGUCCCCUCCAGGUCUGUUUACAGAACGCUGCAGCGUUUGUUUGCGACGAGGCAUCAGAAAAAACCCGUCCGGCUCGGCGCCGCUCCUCUGGGACGCAGGGAUGACAGUGAUGAAGAGGAGGGCUUCCUCCGAGGAGACCCCCUGACGAAAAGCACGGGCGCCUGACACGGACGGAUGUCGAGUGGUGUCAGGUAUGUGUCAGGCCCUGACAGCUCAGGAAUAACGGGUAUGGUACAGUUUUACAGAUUCGUUUUAUAAGAAGCUCAAGCAGCAAGCUGUACUUUCCACCGUUAAUCCUCAGCAGAUAAAUCCAGCCUUGCUGCUGGCCGACGGGAAGCUGCCUGAUAUGUUUACAGCCCAGAUUCAGAAAAAAUACAGUCAAUGAUGAAAAGUUUGAGUCAGAAAUUAACAGCAAUAAUUUCAGUAAUUAGCCUGAUAUAAGAGGAAAAAUGUUUUUCAAAGUCAGAUUUUCACCAUGUAAUUCAUUCAUUCACAAAUGUCAGUUUCAAGCUAAAUAUUUAUCUUACAAACAGUAUAUUUGGUUUGACAUUAAAUAUUUAGCUUGCUUAAUUAACCCAAGACUAGUUAGCAAGAUAUUUAGUUUUCAAACUAUGAGCUUUGCUUGAAACUAAAUGUUCAACUCACUAAACAAAAAGAUUAGUUUGAAGCUAAACAUUUUAGCUUCACAGUAUUUAGUUUGACAUUAAACAUUUAGUUUGCUGUGGAAAGUCUUUGCUCCAACUAGCUAGCUCUGUAAAUAUUUAGCUUUGUACAAAAUAUUUAGUUUGAAACUAAUUUACAAACUAAAUAUUUAGCUUAAAACUAAAUCUUUAGUUACCAAUGAACUAAACCAAUAUUUGCAGUCUGCUGCCAAUCAAGUCCGGUUUGUACUGCCUAAACAGGAAGGAACCGCACAGGAUCAGCAAAUGGAGACAAAUCGGGAGGAAGUGACUGAAGCAUCGCCGUGGAAACGGUUUAGCAUCAUUUGACCUCCACAGCCCACCUGAGUGCUGGCGCUCAUCUCCGUCUUCUGAUUGGUUCCUUCCUGCAGGAUGAUGCUCCGUGUCUCCAACUGGUUUCUGGAACAAUGAGUUUGCUGAACCCAACUGGUCUCCAGAACCUCUCUGGGGAAAGUUUCUGACACCUUGUUGAAUCGGUACCAUGAAGGAGGAUCUGAAGGGAAAAGCGGGUCUAACCUGCAGAGUCUAUAUUUAGCUGACUCAGGUGUCUUUAUCUACUCCCCAAUCUUGUUCUGUUCGUCUAGUUUCAUGUUUCUAAACAGAAGCAGGUGGUCCGAGUCCUCGGUACCCCGUACGACCGCUUCUUCCAACAGAUCCAAAAAUAGAGCGGGAAAGGCGUUAAAUGUAGUUCAUGUGAUUUUAUUUCAAAUUUGAUGAGUCUGUUAAAGUCUAUGGUUACUCCUGGGUUCUGAGACGGCUGUAUAAGUGGCCCAGCUGCUGACGGGGACCUGUGGCUCUGCACAUUAAGGUAGUAACAGGAGAGCAGAAACCUGUCUCGAUGACGUGUGUGAAAUGAAGAAGUGAAACAUUUUGCAUGCUUUCCAAAACUGCUUCUUUCCUACCAUCCCUCCUGUGGGAGAAAUCAUGAGCAAAUCCCUCAUUCCGACGGCAGAAACUGCAUUAAAACAGGUGUUUUCAGGAGACAGCUGGCAAAACGAACCACUGCUGACCUUUUAAACAGCCUGGUCACAUGGUAAAAAGAUGAUCAUCACCUAAUCCUCCCUAAUUACUCUGAUACGUCCCUUGGAGGCCCAAGGCAAACCAGAUUUUUGCUGCUGCACGUAUUUCUGAGCAGCAAGUAUCCGCCGGCGAAGAGCCUCAAACGAGCGCAGAGAGAAACGGGUCAAACUAGAGGCACAGGUCCUCACCGUGUUUUUCCCAGAAGCAUUUGCAGAGCCUUGGUCCUGCAAUGCGGAGGCCAUCUGGGAGUUCUCUCAGCAUAAAGCCUGACAUGUGCUGCGGUUUGACCUUUCACAGCACCAACUAUAAUAUUAUCAUAAGCUGAGGCGAUCCGAUUGCACUGCUCCCUGCGGUGGGAUUCAGUAUCCAUAUGUAGUGAUGAUAAGCGAAAACCUUCCCUGCUGUUUGUAUCCCUCUCAUCCAAGUGACUCUCAACACUUUAGUUCUGCACAAACACGUUUCUUCUGUUUGUGUCACAAUUAAAGGCUUUCAGAUCAUCAAACGAAGAAAACGAGUAGAAACCAACCUGGAGAGGAAACGAGGUCGGAUCACUGCCCAACCAGUAGACCCAAGAAAUCACCCGACCCAGGGCCGGAGCUUCAGGGGGGGCUGGGAGGGCGGUGGGCCCCCGGGCCGGGCCCGGAUGGGAGGCAGAAUCGGACUCCAAUGAUCCAAGCCUCUAUCACGCCGCGCCGAGUUACAAAGAUUCACGCGGCGCUGUGACGUGGCGCUGCGACGCGGCGCUGCGUAUCCGUUUCAACGCGUCAACAAUAAACCUAGCUUCAGUUGCUAGCUGCUCCAGGCUCUGAGUUGAAAUUCAUAAAGUGUCAAAAUGAUCCGAUUCUAUCCGCGGUGCUGAACAGAUUUGAAUUUGUGUCGUUUCAUCAUUAGUGACCAGCAGCCUGAUGUUUCUGUUCUCUUGGUUUGUUGUUCUUCAUGUCUGUUUGAUGGAUUUCAGAAUGGCAGCUGCUCUCUGUGGCGGUGAAGCUUGUACCCCCUGCUGUGGCAGAGAUGUCUGUGUUGUAAAGUUAUAUUAUCUGGAGCUUUAUUAUUCGGGUAUAAAGGGCCCGGUCGUUAGCCCCGCCCCUCGGCCCAACGCUGACUUGAUCUGCUAGUGACUCAACUAUAACCUGUCUGACAACAGGAAGUAGGCCAGAUGGCCUCAGAAAGCAGCACUUCAAGUCCUGAUCUAAAAUAAAUACAAGAAUAAGAGGGAACAGCAACCACAA